CAAAGAAAAUGGAGAGUGCAGAAUCAGCCUCAGCAAUCGCCGAGAGAGAAAAACGGGACAACCAAAAUCCGAUUUCGAGCGUACCGAAAUUAACGGAAAGUGGGAGUUCAGAAAUGGCGGCUGCUUCCGCCACGGACGGUGUGGCUGCGGCGGCACUGAAAUCGGUGCUGCAGCGCGUGCAACAGACGGCGGAGAGGUGCGGACGUGGGUCAGAUAGGAUCCGUGUAGUCGCUGUUAGCAAGACGAAGCCGGUUUCACUUCUCCGGCAAGUUUACGACGCCGGCCACCGUUGCUUCGGGGAGAACUACGUCCAGGAACUCGUAGAAAAAGCGCCUCAGCUACCGGAGGAUAUAGAGUGGCGUUUCAUUGGGAAUUUGCAGAGUAAUAAAGUGAAGCCGCUUUUAACUGGAGUGCCAAAUCUUGCCAUGGUGGAAACUGUUGAUGAUGAGAAGAUUGCCAAUCUUCUUGACCGCGUGGCUGGAAACAUUGGAAGAAAGCCUUUAAAAGUGUUUGUCCAAGUUAACACAAGUGGGGAAGCAUCUAAAUAUGGUGUUGAACCUGCUGGUUGUGUGGAGCUUGUCAAACAUGUUACUUUGCGCUGUCCAAACCUUGAAUUUUGUGGCCUAAUGACAAUAGGAAUGGCUGAUUAUACUUCCACCCCAGAAAAUUUCAAGACUUUGGCAGAUUGCAGAACUGAGGCCUGCAAGGCACUUGGAAUUACGGAAGAGCAAUGUGAACUGUCAAUGGGCAUGUCUGGCGACUUUGAGCUUGCUAUUGAAAUGGGUAGUACAAAUGUUCGAAUUGGAUCCACCAUAUUUGGAGCGAGGGAGUAUCCAAAGAGGCAGUCGAAUUAGCAAUGCAAAUAUCAGCAUCGCCACCCUUGGCAAGUUUAAUUACAGAAAUCACACACCGUUUACCCCCAGCAGCUGCUUGAUCAGCUUGCCCAAGAUUUAUGUUGUAUUUUUUAAUAUCAUGCAGCUAGACUGAGCCCUCUGAUUUUAAGGUUGCUUAUAUUUGAGCCCUCUUGACAGUUUUUAAUCACUUAUAUCCGCUGAUGUAUCAAAUGGCAUGCAAAGCACUUGAUGAGUUGUGCAUUUUUUCUUUUUUAUCUUCAA